AUGUUUGAUUCGCACGUAUCCGUCUUUUUAGCUAUUAUCAUCACAAGUUGUUUUGGUAAACUUGCAGUCGCACAUUUUCGUUGCGGUGAACAAAGCACUCUCACUCCACGCCGUGAUGAAAUCACAGAAGAGAAUGCUAUCCCUUCCAUCGAUGUUUCUGAAGCAGCCACUGCUGUCAACGGCAAUACUGACACCAGUUCACCAACCACAGAGGUCAGUCCUCCACGAGAUGCCGAUGCAGCAGAGGGAACGUCCCAGUCCGCCACAAGCCCCGACCAAACUGGGUCAGUAAUGAUAAUUUCGGUCGAGCCGGGGGAAGAAGAGCUGCCAGCUGGUUGGCAGAUGGCUCGUACACCUGGAGGGCGACGAUUUUUCAUUAACCACAACGAGCAGCGAACAACCUGGGAUGAUCCUAGACUGCAAAAGUUGUCUGAUCAACCGGCUUCUGGUUCACUGCUGAAAAUGGACGCUGAGCGACACACAAUGAAGGAUUUGGGACCACUCCCUCCCGGCUGGGAAGAAAGAGUACAUACAAAUGGCCGAAUUUUCUACAUCGAUCACAAUGCCCGCACCACUCAGUGGGAAGAUCCGCGUCUCGAACGACUGGGCGGUCCGGCGGUUCCUUAUUCACGAAACUACAAACAGAAAUACGAUUACUUCCGCUCUCGCUUGCGAGCACCUCGUGAUCCUCAGGCGAAAUUCGAACUGCGAAUCAAUCGAUCGCGCGUUUUUGAAGAUUCCUUCCGUUUGAUCAACGGUAUUAAAAAACCCGAAGUCCUCAUGCAACGUACGUUUGCAGCACUGACAAUGCUCAUUCUGAUUGUUCACGUCGGUCGAGUAGCUGAUUUCACUCAUCGCCUGCGCUUUUUUACGAAGCGUUUCAAUUUUGCUUUGUCCGCGAUAGACAAUUACACACUUCAGAUCAAUGCGUUAUCUAGUAUGGCCAAUGAGGAUCAUCUGAAAUACUUCAAGUUCAUCGGUCGCGUCGUUGGCAUGGCUGUUUAUCAUGGCAAGCUAAUCGAUGGUUUCUUUAUUCGUCCAUUCUACAAAAUGAUGUUGGAUAAAACUAUCACGUUAAAAGACAUGGAAGCAGUGGAUUCUUUCUACUAUCGAAGUUUGAAAUACAUCCUCGAACAGGAUCCAUCUGAACUGGGUUUGACUUUCUCUGUAGACGAAGAACAUUUUGGUGAAACUGUCCAAGUUGAUCUCAUUCCGAAUGGGCGACAUAUUGCCGUGACUAACGCAAACAAGAGACAGUACAUCGAAUGUAUAAUCAGCUGGCGAUUUGUGUCGCGAAUAAAAAUGCAAAUGUGGGCUUUCCUGGACGGAUUCAAAGAUCUGGUAGAUUUGGAAGCAUUGAAGAUUUUUGAUGCAAACGAGCUUGAACUGCUGAUCUGUGGUCUUCAGGACAUCAGUGUUUCCGAUUGGAAAGCUCAUACUCUGUACAAAGGCGAAUAUCACGCUAACCAUCCGGUGAUCGUUAAUUUCUGGAAGGCUGUGUACACAUUCACAAACGAACUGCGUAGCCGCUUGCUACAAUUCGUCACGGGCACUUCCCGCGUCCCAAUGAACGGGUUCGCAGAAUUGUGGGGAUCUAGUGGUCCUCAACAGUUUACCAUCGAAUGCUGGGGUACUACGGACCAGUUACCGCGAGCGCAUACCUGGUGA